CGUGACUAGCGUUUAUCCGCCAUUUUGAGCGCUUGCAGCAUGUCGGAUUUUACCGCGGUUGCGCCGCCACAAUCAAAUAUUUCGGCCAGCUACGAUCCUAACUCAGCGUUUGCGGAUGCUGUGCAAAGAGCGCGACAGAUUGCGGCGAAGAUUAACCCUCCUUCAAAUUCGGAAGCCAAUAACAUAACUGGUGGUGGCACCAAGCGACCACUAGAAGACAGCAUGGACAGAUCAGAUGGUUCCCCAGAUGCAAAGAAGUUAGCUGCCGUGAAUGAUCCCUUUGGAGCGCAAUUGGCUGCCUUGGCUCAACAAAGGGUUGGAAUGAACAACCAGGCCCCCGUGGUGGAGGAAUGGAGUGUUCCGGACAAGAUGGUUGGCCUGAUCAUUGGUCGAGGCGGUGAACAAAUUAGCAGACUGCAAGCAGAGUCUGGUUGCAAAAUUCAGAUGGCUCCUGAAUGUGGCGGCCUUCCCGACCGGUCGUGUACGCUGACUGGUCCCAGACACGCAAUAGAGAAGGCGAAAGAGAUGAUCAACCAGAUCAUAAGCCGUGGAGGCGACCCUAACCAAUUGAACGAUGGACACCUUAUAGUAGAACUCAUGAUCCCAGGGCCAAAGGUCGGCCUGGUGAUCGGCAAGGGUGGUGAAACGAUUCGCAGCUUACAGGAAAGGGCGAAUGUCAAAAUGGUAAUGAUCCAAGACGGGCCUCAACAGUCGAUGAUGGACAAGCCCCUCAGGAUAACGGGCGAGAAGAGCAAGUGCGAGUAUGCCAAGAGGCUAGUGCUUGACCUCAUCACGGAGAAGGAGCUUGAGUUAGAAGAGCAGCACGAUAUGAAUGCUCUUCAAUCUCUGAACGUCCGAAGAGGCGGAGGAGGCGGCGGCGGAGGCUUUGGAGGAGGCAACGAGUACGGCGGAGGCGGCGAAGGUUCUUCCCAGGAAGUGAUGGUGCCAAAGCAGGCUGUCGGUGUAGUGAUUGGGAAGCAGGGGGACAUGAUAAAACGCAUCCAGCAAGAAACCGGUGCCAGGGUUCAGUUCCAGCAACCGCACGACGACAAUGCCACUGAGCGCGUCUGUUUGCUCACUGGCAACCCUGAACAAGUUCACCAUGCUGCUUCGUUCAUAGGGGAGCUUAUUCAGAGCGUUCUUGCCCGUGACCAACAAAACAUGGGCAGGGGAAGGGGUCGGGGCCGCGGUGGCGGUGGCUUUGACGGUGCAGGUGGGUUCGGGCCUCCAGGGGGACCGGGCAUGGGACGGGGCCGGCGUGGAGGGGAAGACAUGCACGAAGUGCAGUACCCAGUUCCAGCGAACAAGUGUGGCCUCGUUAUCGGCAAAGGAGGUGAAUCGAUUCGGCAAAUCAACCAGCAAUCCGGUGCACAUGUUGAAUUGUCACGCGCCCCUCCGCCGAACCCAGUUGAAAAGGUCUUCAUCAUCCGAGGCAGCCCGCAGCAGAUUGAGCAUGCGCAGCAGCUCAUCAACGAGCGGAUAGGAGGGCCUCCUCCUGGUGCAUCAAAUGGCCAGGGUCCUCCUAGCUACCCAACACAAUACCCACAGCCAUACCAACAGCCUCCUCCACCAAACCAGCCUUACGCUCCACAAGGAUGGGGCAACGCCUACCAGCACUGGCAAAACCAGACUGCUCCUCCCAAUGAUCCCUCCAAGGCUGCAGCAGAUGCCAAUGCAGCAGCCUGGGCAGCCUACUACGCGCAGUACUACGGACAGCAGGGUGGACAGCCUCCGCAGCAACAGCCUCCUGCGGCCGCAGCUGCAGGGGCAGUUCCCGCCCAAGCGCCACAGCAGGCUCCCCAGGGGGCAGCACCAGGAGGAGCACAACCGGAUUACAGCCAAGCAUGGAUUGAAUACUACCGUUCACUUGGAAUGUACAGAGAAGCAGAGAUGAUAGAGCACCAGACAAGAACCAACCAGACGCAACAGGCCCAGCAGCCCUUCCCACCAGGUGGAGGAGGAGCAGGAGGCGCACCCCCACCCCAGUCUCAGGGCCAGCAGCAGUCACAGGUGGCAGGUCCCCCUGGAGCAGGACAGCCUGGUGCCCCUCAGCCCCCUCCGCCUGCAGGUGGUUCAGCACCCCCGGGCUCCUCCUACCCACCAGGCACCUACCCCCCACAGCAACCUUACGGAGCAGCAGCGGGGGCAGGGCAGCAGUAUGCUGGGGGAUAUAACUACGCUGGUUACGCGGGGGCGCAGUAGUCUGCAGGGGACUGCUACACUUUGUAGAUUUUGAGCUGUCCAUCUAGCACUGCAUCCCCCCUUCCACAUCCUGUUGGGCAAUUUGGUGAUAUUGUGCAUUUGGCUCUCCUCGACCUUUGCAAAUGUGCGAAACAGAUAUUGCUCAGAGUUUUUGCAAAAAAAAAACGACCCGAAAAGAGUGCUCUGAGGUUCCCUCUGUCCAGCUGUAGCGAAGAUUGCUUUUGUUAUCUGGGAAUUUUUGGGGAAGUCUGGCAGGAGGGGCGCGACGCUUGCAAGGACGCCCCAACCGUUCCCCCCCUGUUCAAUGACAUUCCGAUGCCAAGGGCGCGACUGGGAAUUUGUUUUAAGUCGGGGCCCCGUUUUGUUCUUUUCGUUGCCUUGCAAGAGUCAUAUGCACGCAAUUCCCUGAGCAGGGCAGAAAAAAAAUCGCAUCUUUCUCACUCAUUGUCAUUUUUUUAUCGAGAAUCACACAGAAAAAAAAAGGGGGAAAAGAAACUCUGCCAGGGCGUGGGAACUAUUUGUUAUGGACUGCACAUCUUGCUGACUUCCCCAUUCUUUUUCUCUAUUCUGCAUUUUGUAUUGUGUCGAAUAAACUUGUCUGUGAUU